CUUUCCACACAUCUCCUCCUUCACUUAAAAUCUUUUGACUCUCUUCUCAAUAGUUCUCUCCUUCCUUUUGCAGCCUUUUUCUCAUAACCUUAAAGACACCAUACACAAAAUUUCAACACUUCCCUUUUGCUUCUUACAACCUUUUUAAUUUCUCCACCAUCAUUGUGUAAGAAUAUUUAUAUUUAUCACAUCAUAAGGAAUGGCGUCUACCUCAAUGUCCUCUCGUGGGUCUGCUUCUUGGACUGCUGAGCAGAACAAAGCCUUCGAGAAGGCUUUGGCCGUGUACGAUAAGGACACACCUGAGCGUUGGGCCAAUGUCGCCAGAGCUGUUGGCGGCAAAACUGCUGAUGACGUUAAAAGGCACUAUGAGCUUCUUGUUCAGGAUGUCCGCUAUAUUGAAUCCGGUCAAGUUCCCUUCCCCAAUUACAGGACCACCGGCGGCUCCAGGAGAGGGUAAAAAAAAAAAUGAAGGUGCUGUGAGCUACAAGAAGCAUCAAUAGCACUACUCAAUUUAUUUUCCAGGAUUUUCUUUGAAGCUGUGCUCGUUCACUUUAGUCUAUGUUCUACUAGUACACCUACUUCAAGAAUCUUUUUAAUUACUUUUUGUCUUUUUCUCUUUUUUUUUCUGUGGUCUAUUUUAUAUUAGUGGUAAUAAUAAUAUAUAAAUGUAUCAGAAUAAGGGAAGGCACUUUGAAUCUUGUGAUUCUCACGUGCUUUUCACUGUAUAAGCUUGCAUAAUAAAUAUAUAUUUUGUUUAAUAAUAA